CGUGACAGUUGCGUGGUGCUACCCGCGGGUUUCCGUGCUGAGUGCGGCAAGCACUCGCGUGGGGAAGGGGGAAGGGGGAAGGGGCCCCGGACAAACACACAAGGGCGUGGUGCUACCAGCGGGUGGGCGUGGCAAGUGCGGUGAAUGUUUGUGCGAGGGUGGAGGGAAAGGGCAACACGGAAACGCACAACGUGCCAUGCUACCAGCGAGCUUCCGUGUCAGCCCCACGGCCCCGCCGACGAGCGCUGCUGCAGGACAGGGCUUCGAGAGGCCGCAGAGCCCCACGGCCCCGCCGACGAGCGCUGCUGCAGGACAGGGCUUCGAGAGGCCGCAGAGCCCCACGGCCCCGCCGACGAGCGCUGCUGCAGGACAGGGCUUCGAGAGGCCGCAGAGCCCCACGGCCCCGCCGACGAGCGCUGCUGCAGGACAGGGCUUCGAGAGGCCGCAGAGCCCCACGGCCCCGCCGACGAGCGCUGCUGCAGGACAGGGCUUCGAGAGGCCGCAGAGCCCCACGGCCCCGCCGACGAGCGCUGCUGCAGGACAGGGCUUCGAGAGGCCGCAGAGCCCCACGGCCCCGCCGACGAGCGCUGCUGCAGGACAGGGCUUCGAGAGGCCGCAGAGCCCCACGGCCCCGCCGACGAGCGCUGCUGCAGGACAGGGCUUCGAGAGGCCGCAGAGCCCCACGGCCCCGCCGACGAGCGCUGCUGCAGGACAGGGCUUCGAGAGGCCGCAGAGCCCGCGCCGCCCGUACCUGCCACUAGGUUCGCCUGCGCCGCUGACGCACUGGCGUAUCCAGUUUCACUGGCGGCCGGCGCCUUCCCGCCCUCCUCAACACCUGCACCUGCGCACCCCAUCACCUGCGGCUCUGGCGCUGCACACGCCCCAGCCCCACGGCCCCGCCGACGAGCGCUGCUGCAGGACAGGGCUUCGAGAGGCCGCAGAGCCCGCGCCGCCCGUACCUGCCACUAGGUUCGCCUGCGCCGCUGACGCACUGGCGUAUCCAGUUUCACUGGCGGCCGGCGCCUUCCCGCCCUCCUCAACACCUGCACCUGCGCACCCCAUCACCUGCGGCUCUGGCGCUGCACACGCCCCAGCCCCACGGCCCCGCCGACGAGCGCUGCUGCAGUACAGGGCUUCGAGAGGCCGCAGAGGCGUGGAGGCCGGGGGAGGAGGGGAGGCCGGCGGGGGGAAGGCAGCGCUGCCCGCGCCGCCCGUACCUGCCACUAGGUUCGCCUGCGCCGCUGACGCACUGGCGUAUCCAGUUUCACUGGCGGCCGGCGCCUUCCCGCCCUCCUCAACACCUGCACCUGCGCACCCCAUCACCUGCGGCUCUGGCGCUGCACACGCCCCAGCCCCACGGCCCCGCCGACGAGCGCUGCUGCAGUACAGGGCUUCGAGAGGCCGCAGAGGUUCGCCUGCGCCGCUGACGCACUGGCGUAUCCAGUUUCACUGGCGGCCGGCGCCUUCCCGCCCUCCUCAACACCUGCACCUGCGCACCCCAUCACCUGCGGCUCUGGCGCUGCACACGCCCCAGCCCCACGGCCCCGCCGACGAGCGCUGCUGCAGUACAGGGCUUCGAGAGGCCGCAGAGCCCGCGCCGCCCGUACCUGCCACUAGGUUCGCCUGCGCCGCUGACGCACUGGCGUAUCCAGUUUCACUGGCGGCCGGCGCCUUCCCGCCCUCCUCAACACCUGCACCUGCGCACCCCAUCACCUGCGGCUCUGGCGCUGCACACGCCCCAGCCCCACGGCCCCGCCGACGAGCGCUGCUGCAGGACAGGGCUUCGAGAGGCCGCAGAGGUUCGCCUGCGCCGCUGACGCACUGGCGUAUCCAGUUUCACUGGCGGCCGGCGCCUUCCCGCCCUCCUCAACACCUGCACCUGCGCACCCCAUCACCUGCGGCUCUGGCGCUGCACACGCCCCAGCCCCACGGCCCCGCCGACGAGCGCUGCUGCAGGACAGGGCUUCGAGAGGCCGCAGAGCCCGCGCCGCCCGUACCUGCCACUAGGUUCGCCUGCGCCGCUGACGCACUGGCGUAUCCAGUUUCACUGGCGGCCGGCGCCUUCCCGCCCUCCUCAACACCUGCACCUGCGCACCCCAUCACCUGCGGCUCUGGCGCUGCACACGCCCCAGCCCCACGGCCCCGCCGACGAGCGCUGCUGCAGGACAGGGCUUCGAGAGGCCGCAGAGGACUACGAAUACGUUGGUCAGUGCAUGUGUCAUGGCCUCAGCGGCUUCACCAUCCAACGUUCAGCCCGCGCCGCCCGUACCUGCCACUAGGUUCGCCUGCGCCGCUGACGCACUGGCGUAUCCAGUUUCACUGGCGGCCGGCGCCUUCCCGCCCUCCUCAACACCUGCACCUGCGCACCCCAUCACCUGCGGCUCUGGCGCUGCGUCGAGCUGCAGCACGUCGAAGGGGACACGCAGGGGGUGCUGCUUGCCCGGCGUGUCGGGCUUCGCGGCGCAGCUCGCUUGCGUGAUGCCAUGCGUCCCUACUGAUUGCAUUGGAAGCGCGGAUAGGCGCUGUGAGGUGUUUGAGGUCUUGUAGGCGCUAAAUGGUUCGCAGUGUUGGCUUGCGCUGGUGAUCCGCUGGGCGGACGCCGAGUGUAGGGACCGCAGGCAUAGGCUUUGGCCAUAGCAGCGAGUAUUGUUAAGUGAGGUACUAGCAAAGCUUGCGGGUGUCAUUCUUGUUUGUAUAUUGCUUCGUCCCAGGUGUAGUGUAGAUUUGCAUUGGCUCUCAACGAGUUUUGGAGGGUGCCAUAUCCUAUUGUAAUGUAGUGGUAGUGCUCCUAAUAUCGAUUGAUUAUCGAGGGGCCCUAUGAGGGGGUCAGUCGCGUGUCGGUAUUUAACCUUUGUUCGGUUUGUUCUACCAAAUUGGUAUUCUUCUUGUCUGGGCGUAUCUAAUGAGUGUUCCAUGAGUUUGUGUCUGGGAGGGCAGGUCGCUGGGGAAGGCUUGGGCGGUGAGGAGGGUAGGAAAUCCGAAAAGUUGCCGGUGGCCUCUGGUUGUAAGGGUGAGCCGGGUACCCUGCCGAGCCAAAUUUGGCUGCGUGCGCGGGGGGUUGAAGCUGCCUGGGGCGGGUCGCUGCGGCAGUCCAGAUGCCUGCGCCGAGGGAUGGCAGAUGCCUGCGCGACCCCGCGCCAUCAGCACGGAUGCCUGCGCGAGGCAUUGCAGAUGCCGCGGCGCCCCUGCUAGCACAUCUGAGCUGCCUAUUGUAGCCACCUAGUUGCUUGGUAAAACGCCGCAAGAGGGUCUGAAAUGGGUAACGGGCAGUGUGUAGGGGUAUGCCAGCACUCCGG